AUGGAAUUUUUUCAUCGUUUGUGGACAAAGUCAACUCAAUGCAAAGCCUUGGAACAGUCGAGCGGGAAAUUAGAGACAUUGUUUUUCGAAUCUGUUUACCGUGUUACGUAUUUUGCAGGAUGGGCUCUUUUGGACAACACCUUAAAGUAUCGCAUAUAUAGCGGGAUCCUGAAGCUGGCGGUCGGUUUCUUGAUAAGCUGCGAGGCUUGGCAUCUCGUAAGCAAGUCUACCAGCUUAGAUGGCAUCAUAGACAACGUUAAUGUUACUCUCAUGCACUUCAUUGCUCUAUAUAGAUAUCAAAAUAUGAGAGCAAAUAAAACAAUUUACAAAAAGCUUGCUUCGGCUAUGGAGUCGCCUUACUUUGAUACAUCGACACCGAGGCGACAGGAAAUGGUUAGAUUUUGGUCUCAAAGGAACGAGAGAUUUUUAAAACUACUACUCCUCCUGGGCUCUUGUACUCUAGCUGCGUGGCACAUCUACCCUUUAGUGGACGACAUAGAUUACAAUCUGAUGGUAUCAGCACGCUUCCCUUUUGAAUACCAAACGCCGAUUCGUUUCCCGAUCUUUUAUAUCAUAGUGCUCAUAACAUUUAAUUAUGCCUCUCUGUUCGUAAUGGUCAACGAUCUCAUAAUGCAGGCGCAUUUGAUGCACCUGUUGUGUCAGUAUACCGUAUUAGGAGAUUGCUUCGAAGGCAUUAUUGACGAUUGCAUUGGAGACAAAAAUAGUAAGAACCUGCAAAUCUACCCUAUUAUGGACGACCUGGAGUACAAUUUAAUGGUGUCUGUUCGAUUACCAUUUGAUUAUAGAACACCCGUUCUAUACACGAUCACCUACAUCUCUACAUUGAUAGUUUUUUCCUUAAUAUGUUAUUUUGUUAUGACAAAUGAUCUCAUCGUACAAGCUCACUUAAUGCAUUUACUCUGUCAAUUUUCCAUACUUAACGACUGUUUCAAGAACAUAUUAAACGAUUGCCAAAGUAAUUUUAAAGAUAUUGAUACGAACAAUUUACAUUUGAAUAAGGAAUUUACUCGAGUCUACAAGAGUAGAUUAGGUAAUUUGGUGGAUCAACAUACGCUCAUAUUACUGAAUACAUUGAAACUUCGCGAUUUAAUGAGUAUACCCAUGUUGAUUCAGCUGGCGACUAGUACAACACUAAUUUGUUCCAUAAGCUUUCAAGUCACGACGUCGGUGGAUGUCAAUAUGACGAAAGGACUUAUGAGCCUGUUUUAUCUCGGAUACAAUAUGUUCGUUCUUUAUAUAAUAUGUAGAUGGUGCGAAGAGAUAAAGAUUCAGAGUCAAAGUAUAAGUGAAGCAGUAUAUUGUUCGGGAUGGGAGAACGGUAUCGUAAUGGCGCCGGGGGUACGAACCUCUAUUUUACUAAUACUUGCUCGUGCUCACAAGCCCACUGGACUUUCCGCUGGAGGCAUGUACGAUCUCUCUUUGGAAGCGUAUGCAAAUAUAGUGAAAACAUCAUACAGCGCUCUAACAGUUCUUCUACAACUUCGUUAA